AGGUGAGUGAGUCCUGCCUCUGCCCCACAGAGGGUUGCUCCUACAUCAAGGUCCUUUCACAGCCCUCACUUUCUUUUUCCCUUGCUGUGCGUUUUCCAGGAUAACUGUGACUCCAGGCCCACAAUGGAUGCUCUACGAUUGGCAAAUUCAGCUUUUGCAGUUGACCUUUUCAAACAACUGUGUGAAAAGGAGCCAGCGGGCAAUGUCCUCUUCUCUCCAAUCUGUCUCUCCACCUCUCUGUCACUUGCUCAAGUAGGUGCCAAAGGUGACACAGCAAAUGAAAUUGGACAGGUCCUUCAUUUUGAAAAUAUCAAAGAUGUACCCUUUGGAUUUCAAACAGUGACAUCGGAUGUAAACAAACUCAGUUCCUUUUACUCGCUGAAACUAAUCAAACGGCUCUACGUGGACAAAUCUCUGAAUCCUUCCACAGAGUUCAUCAGCUCUACGAAGAGACCCUAUGCCAAGGAAAUGGAAACCGUUGACUUCAAAGAUAAAUUGGAAGAGACAAAAGGUCAGAUAAACCAGUCAAUCAAGGAUCUCACGGAUGGCCGCUUUGAAAACAUCUUGGCCGACAACAGUGUCAGCGAACAGACAAAGAUCCUCGUGGUGAAUGCUGCCUACUUCGUUGGGAAGUGGAUGAAGAAAUUUCCUGAAUCCGAAACCAAAGAAUGCCCGUUCAGGAUCAACAAGACGGACACCAAACCAGUGCAGAUGAUGAGUAUGGAGGCCACGUUCUGUAUGGGCAACGUUGAUGGUAUCAAUUGUAAGAUCAUAGAGCUUCCCUUCCAAAAUAAGCACCUGAGCAUGCUCAUUCUGCUACCCAAGGAUGUGGAGGAUGAGUCCACAGGCCUGGAGAAGGUUGAACAACAGCUCAACUCUGAGACGCUCUUGCAGUGGACCAAUCCCAGCACCAUGGCCAACGCCAAAGUCAAACUCUCCAUUCCCAAGUUUAAGGUGGAAAAGAUCAUUGAUCCCAAAGCUAGUCUGGAAAACCUAGGGCUGAAAAAUAUCUUUAAUGAGAAUACGUCUGAUUUCUCUGGAAUGUCAGAGACCAAGGGAGUGGCUCUCUCCAAUGUUAUUCACAGAGUAUGCUUAGAGAUAACUGAAGAUGGUGGGGAUUCCAUAGAGGUGCCAGGAUCACGAAUCCUUCAACACAAGGAUGAAUUCAAUGCCGACCACCCAUUUAUUUACAUCAUCAGGCACAACAAAACGCGAAACAUCAUUUUCUUUGGCAAGUUCUGUUCUCCUUAAGUGGCAGAGCCCAGGUUAAGUCCCACCUAACUUUUCUUUAAACUCUGCAUCCAAAGAAUCACUUUCUAAAUACAAUAAAUUGUUCAUAUUGCUGGAUCAGGAAGCAGCUGGUACUUGACAUGUGUAGCCCUCACAUUAAUAAGCCCUUCUAUUCCAAUCCUUUCUUUUAUUCUCCCCCCAUAACCCCACAUAAAACACAGUUCUUUUAAUGGAAAGGAGUUACCUUAGAGGAAAAAUAUGUAUCUGUUACUGGCCGAAGUAUCUAGGGUUAUGGGCAGGAGUGCAGUCUUCCACAACAAAAAUUCUGGUAAGGAGGAUCUAGAGGAUUUUAAAGCUUCGCCUUCCUUCACUGGGAUGCAGAAUAUUCUAGACAUUCUCACUUCCCUGAAAGGCUAUAGAAACUGGCACAUGAGAUCCACAAAUCUUUCCUGGCUCCAGCGAAACUUGGGCACAUGUUUAGGCUGCUGUAGGUCUGCAGCUCCUUUUGCUUAAACUCUGGUACCCGUGUUUUCUUCCAACUCUAACUUUUUGGGAUUUUAGAAAGCUAACAUGUUGCACAUACUAUUAUGGAAGGAACUUCAUUGAUAGAGUCUGGGACAGCACCCUAGAAACCAACACCUUAAUAUUUCUGCCAGGAAACAAAGAAUAUUCACACAAAAUGGGUAAAGACUCUGAGCAGCCCAUAAGUGUCAGGUUUUACUGCCAAAUAACUGUGCCACCAGCUUAUGAAAAAUCUUUCUGUUUUCAGAACUUCUUGAAAUGUUGGAAGGGAAUUACAGUAUAGUAGCUGAAGUGCAGCACCUUGAGGGGAGGUUAGGUUUUAUAAAAAAUCCACUUUAGACCAAAAAUCCACCUGGUCUCUUGGUGGGUGGCAGGCCACCGCAUGGCAGGGAAGGCUGACAGGUCUAACAAGGCUUUGGGUGUCUGACAAUCAGGGACUUCAAGCACGAGGGGGUGUUUAGAGUAGCUGAUGAAAGAGAGUUUUGGGUGUUGAAGGAACUUGUCCCUUCGUCUAAUGAGAUAGUGGGAAGGGGAAAGGAGCUAAUCGUGCCUUUGGAAAACAGAACAACAGCAAUUGGAGUCUUCUCACUGCCUUGACACGUGUGUUUGGGGUUAGUUAUGGUGCAUAGCUAGUUAGGAACUUACAUUUGUAGUCAUUUGUGAAGCUGGUCUGUUACGUUCUCUAUGCUGCAAGUACACAGGUUCAUUCACUACCAAAAGAACACAUGUGCUGAAGAUUUCGCCUACGUCUUCUCUGGCACUCAUUGUAAAUAGGUUCGAUUCUUUUCUUGCUCCGAAGGUUCAAUACUGAAUUUCUUUUAUGCUCCUGACAAUAAAAUAUUAUCAAGCUACAUGUCUUAUGUUUUUCCUGACACCAGAUUUGCUAUUUUGAAAUGGAAACCAAGCCAUCAUUUAGAAAAACAUUCCUGUAUGUAGAUGCUUUUUGAGGUGACUGAUGGAAAAUAAAAAGGAGUAAGAAUAA